CAAGCGGCUCAAAACCCAAGACAAUUGGCGUUGGCACGAUUCAGAGAUUUAGUUCGCCUGAAACCUAAUGGCUCCGAAGUCCAAGCCGGCGCCGUCGCAACCUGCCCCUCCUCCUCCCCUCGAAGAUCUGUUCACGACGCUCAACAGGCACAUCCAGGCUUCUGCAUUCGACAAUGUCGUCAAAUUCACAGAUCAGAUUCUUGCUAUUGCACCCGACGAUGAAGAUGCACUCCGAUGCAAAGUCGUCGCGCUGAUAAAAAAUGACCGUGUCGAGGAUGCGCUCUCUGCCAUUAAGUCUUCACGGAAGCAGCUCGAUGAUUUUCAUUUCUUCAAGGCAUACUGCUUGUACAGACAAAACAAGUUGGAUGAAGCUUUGGAGUCUUUGAAAAGACAAGAGAGAAAUGAUGAAACUAUGCUUUUGGAGUGUCAGAUAUUGUAUCGUCUAGGGAAAAUGGAUGCUUGCAUAGAAAUCUACCAGAAGCUCCAAAAUUCCAAGAUUGAUAACAUGGAAAUAAAUUCUGUUGCGGCGUUAGUUAUGGCUGGCAGGUCAUCCGAAGUUCAAGGAAUGCUGGAUUCACUCCGGGUUAAAGCAACAAGCAGUUUUGAACUGGCAUUCAAUACUGCUUGUUCUUUAAUUGCAAGGAAGAAGUACACAGAUGCAGAACAACUCUUGUUAUCAGGCCGAAGAAUUGGUCAAGAGGUCCUGAUGGAAGAUAACUUGGCUGAUGAUGAGAUAGAACUUGAAUUGUCUCCUAUAGCUGUACAAUUAGCCUAUGUCCAGCAUCUUCUUGGGCGUAAGCAAGAUGCUAUUGAAGCUUAUACAGACACAAUCAAACGAGAUAUGGCUGAUGAAUCAUCAAUUGCAGUGGCAGUGAACAAUCUUAUUUCACUGAAAGGUCCAAAAGAUGUUUCUGAUAGCUUAAGGAAACUUGAUCGACUGAAAGACAAAGAGAGUCAAAGCUUUCGGCUAGCUCCAUCACUGGACCUGAAACUUUCAGCAAAAGAAAAGGAAGCGAUAUAUGCAAAUAGGAUUCUUUUACUUCUUCAUGCUAAUAAGAUCGAGCAGGCACGAGAACUUGUUUCAGCAUUACCAGACAUGUUCCCUGAAAGUGUGAUACCAGUAUUACUGCAAGCUGCCCUCUUGGUUAGAGAGAACAAAGCUGGAAGGGCCGAGGAAAUAUUAGCACAAUUUGCUACUAAGUUCCCUGAGAAUUCCAAAGUUGUUCACUUAGCCCGGGCGCAGGUGGCAGCUGCUGCUGGUCAUCCACAUAUUGCAGCCGAUUCUCUGGCAAAGAUAUCUGAUAUCCAGCAUAUGCCUGCUACUGUUGCCACCCUUGUGUCUUUAAAAGAGCGAGUUGGUGACAUUGAUGGUGCAGCUGCUGUGCUUGAUGCUGCAACUAAAUGGUGGUCUAAUGCUAUGACUGAGGACAAUAAGCUUAAUAUUAUAAUGCAAGAAGCUGCGUCAUUCAAGCUCAGGCAUGGCAAAGAGGAGGAGGCUGCUAAACUCUAUGAGGAACUCGUCAAAAUCCAGGGAAGCGUAGAAGCACUGGUUGGGCUUGUAACAACAGUUGCACGCAUGGAUGUCAACAAGGCAGAGCUUUAUGAAAAGCAACUCAAGGCCCUACCUGGUUUAAAGGGAAUUGAUGUGGACAGUUUGGAGCGUACAUCUGGAGUGAAACAAGUUGAGGCCCCUCGCGUUGGAGUCUCUGAAACAUAUGAGGAAGGAAAGAACAAGACAAAAACUAAGAAAAAGAGAAAAAGAAAGCCAAGGUAUCCUAAAGGGUUCGACCCUGCAAAUCCAGGUCCUCCCCCAGAUCCAGAAAGGUGGCUUCCCAAACGGGAAAGAUCAACAUAUAGGCCCAAGAGGAAGGACAAAAGAGCUGCUCAAGUGAGAGGAUCUCAAGGUGCUGUAGUUAGAGAUAAACAUGAUACUGGUGCCUCAUCCAACACUUCACAUUCAAAAUCAAACCAGGGAACUUCCAAAGGAGCUGGGCAGAAUGCAGUUUCCGAGCAAACCAAGCCUUCUUCCAAGUCCUCCAGAAAGAAAUCUAGGAAUUGAAUGAGAUGAGGGUUCAUACAGUUUUUUUCAACUUUUUUAGCUCACAGUUUGUUCAUGCUGUUUAAUGACUGAGAUGAGGUUCAUACAUUGGAAUCCACUGCGUGGGUUCAAAUUCAUAAGUUUUGAUUCAACCAAUGAGUACAGUUAGACGCAAUCAUCAAUGUGCAAGUUUGUUUAUUUUCUU